AUGAUGUCAGAGGAUGACUGCAAAACCAGCAGUUCCGUGUAUGCUGUGUUGACUUUCUCCUGUCUGUUUGGCCUCCCAGGGAUCCUUCGGUGCCAUGGCGAGAUCACCCAAGAUCCUCUCGUGGAAGGGUCAGAAGGACAAAAAGUGAAGCUCCCUUGCAAGCACCCUCAGAUUUCAAGCGAAACAAUCUUUUGGUACCGGCAGCGCCCAAAUGAGGCUCCUCGUUCCAUAGUAUCUGGAUACAAAGACACUGUGUCAAGUGAAAUUCUAGAUGGAGCCAUGAUAAUCACCAGCGAUCGAAAGGCCAAUGAAUUCUCCUUCAACAGAGUUACUCUUGAAGAUUCUGGCGUGUACUACUGUGCUCUGGGUGACACAGUGCUACAUCCUACUGCCUCUCUUGUACAAAAAACCCAGCAGCCUUUCUUCCUGCCCCUUAAGAAAGAAGGUACAUAGAACAGCAGUAAGCAGGGACACACUUUAGGUGAUAAGUACUUGUAAAACUGUACUGCUAGCAGUUCAAAAGGACACCAGUGGAAGUAGAUAAAUAGGUACGGCUGUGACGGGAAGGUAAACGGCAUUUCCUUGUGCUCUGUUUCCCGUCACGGUGUCCCAUUGUGCCAGAAGCGGCUUGGUCAUUCUGGCCACAUGAACCAGAAAGCUGUCUGUGGAUAAACGCCAGCUCCCUCAGCCUUAAAGCAAGAUGAGCACCGCAACCCCAUAGUCGCCUUCGACUGGACUUAACAGUCCUGGGGUUCUUUACCUUUUUUUUUACUGCUUAAGCAUCCAUUGUUUCUUUUUCAAGAGAUGAGGAUGGAGCCAAGUGCCCCACACCUCACCUGCUAGGCACCCCAUGAGGUUUAAGUUUCUCCAAACUCCGCUGCAUAGCACCCAUUACGAAUUCAAUUCCCAGGAUUCCCUGUUUAAAGUGGUAUGAAACUGCUUAAAAUGUUUCAUGUGGAUGGGACCUAAGCUACUACCUGAAACCCUUUUACAUGAUUACAAAAGGCCUCUCCCUCCUUGGAUGUUUUUAUUGAGAGGUUGAAUGGUCAUCUCUCAGGGAUGCUUUAACCGAUAUUCCUGCAUUGCAUGGGGUUGGACUACAUGACCUUUGGGUCUCUUCCAACUCUAAGAUUCCUUGAUUCUGUAAGAAUAAUUAAACAGCUUUGCUGCCGGCUGACCACUUAGAUUUACUAAUUUGAAACAGUGACACAUUCAUCAAUUUAGAAGUCAAAAGGUCUCUUUUUUUUCCUGCUUAUAGAUGUUGGGUUAUCACCAUUGCACCAUUCAUUUCUAUCUGUCCAUUGCAUUACCUGGAUAUGAGUGACCUACCUGUCCAUAGCAUGCAUACCUGUCAAAUGCCCUGGGGAAAAACAGGAAUCCCAUUUUUUUCUCAUGCAGCCCAAUGGCCAACAUGGCUGCUGCAAUCUCGCACAAUUUUGGGCUGCCCUUUUUUUUUGGGCACAGAAUUCAAAAAUAUGUGUUUUGGGUUACUGUGCAAGAUUGCUUCCCCCGAAAAGUGCUUUUCUGGUGGGGCAGCAAUAUUGGAGUGUGCCCCCAAACAUGCAUUUUUAGGUGCUGUGCCUGAAAAGGUGCUUUUGGGGGGGGGGGGAGCUGUGAUCUUGUGACGGUCACAUGACUCACAUGGGAGUGCGGCCUCAGAAGAUAGUGCCCCGGUUUGGGGCUGCUUCGUAUUGGGAAAGAAAGAAAGAAAGAAAGAAAGAAAGAAAGAAAGAAAGAAAGAAAGAAAGAAAAUUCUAGCAGAUCUAAAUGUGUCAGUCUGGCCACAUAAGAAUGUAUGGAAGAUUGCCAUGGGACACAUGUGGUAUUGUUGUAAGCCAAAAAUGGCUUAUCUUCUGAGUUACGCCAAUAAAACUCAGAGACAAGAGGAGUUAGGAGUCCAUUGUUGUUUAUUGCAAAGCAUUAGGUUCCAGUCGAAUCUUUUCGCAAAACUGCAACCCCGCCCAAGGGUCCCGGCGGUGGUAUUUAUAAGAUUUCAAACAAAGGAUUUCAAUUUUCACCAGUCAUGUACCUCAUUACCUCAUUUCAUGUUUACUACACAUGCGCAAUAAGCAGUGGCAAUUUCUGUUGAUUCAGCUCUGAUUCCCAGCGUUCUCUGUUAAAGUUCAAAUUUCUAUUGCAUUGUGUUAGUAUGCAUGUUGGGAACCUGGGUUACGCAUAGCCAUUUGCACCAUGUAUCAACUUAUGUUCUAGCUUAUGAGCUGUAUCUUUGUGUUUCACAUACGUAUUAGCUCUACUUCUGCCCCAAUGGGGGCGGCAGCUUGCAAAAUCAUCAGUUUCAUAAAGCAACAGGUUACCAUAAUUUCUCUAUUAGAAGCACACUCAAGGGGUUCACAUUAUCAUAUUUAUUGUGGCCCUUUGGGCCAGCACCAAAAUAUUGCAUGUCAAAUAACACAAAUAAAGGGUCUAGACUGGGCUAGGGCUGCCAUACAUCUGAAAUGGUGUAAAAAAUUGAAACUCAGAAAAAAUGUCCAGGAAGACCCAGGCAUAUGGCAGCCCAUAUCGGAAAUGUUGGUUGUCUUGCUGAUCUCCCCUUCACCCAAAAAAAGCUUUUUAAAAAAUCCUCAACUCAACAAUUUUUAUGUCUGGAUUUUCAUUUUUUGAAAUAUGGCAACCUUAGACUGUGUGAAUGAACAUGAAAUGAGAUUCAGUUCACAUUUAAAGGGCACCUACCUAAUUUGCACCUCCCAAAAUAAUGAACAAAACCAAAACAUAGCCGUCCAUCAAAAUCACACUCCUUUGAAUUUUACAAUGCUGGGCUCCAGCCAAGCCAUGUGAAAAAUCACAUACAUACACAGUGCUUAAUAAUAAUAAUAAUAAUAAUGUUUAGGGGUACUCUCAUUUUGACACAAGAAAAUCACCUUUUUAUAGUUCAAAUCGUGAAAAAUAAAUACAGUAAGUAGACAAAAGUACAAUGAUUCACAAAAUGUUUAGGGUAUGCGUAUUCCUGCGUUCCCCCAGAAAAAAAGCACUCUCUCUCUCACUCUCUCUCUGUGUGUAUGGCAAAAAUGUAUACAAAAAUGAAUAUAUUAAUAGAUGUUCAACACUAAAAUGCUAAUGAGGAUUUUAGUUUUAAAAAUUGUAGAUUGGUGUGGAGCUUAACAAAAAAUUGGGAAAAUGAGAAACAGAGAUAAACCAAACUGGGGCGAUUUACCUAUCUGAGAGCUUAUCUACACUUAUGUAUCCUAUAUGCUUUCCAAGUCAAGUAUCCUUUAUGUGUACUCCCCCCCCCCAUAUGAAGCUUUCCCUGUGAAAAGCCACUCUUUAAAGCUGAAUCGGAGCAAACAGCGUUCUGUGGAAAACCCAAAAUGCCACUGGUUACGCUUCGGAGCAGGUUUUCAUGGGGAAAGCUUCAUGAAAAAGAAAAACAGCACUCAGACCAUGAAAUUUAAAAUGCAUACCUGUGCCUGGAAAGCACAGGGCAAAAUUUGCCAAGUGUGGAUCAGCCCUCACAAUACCAGCCCUUGGCCACAAGGGAGCAGAGUUUUACUCAUACUGAUCCGUCACUUCAGCUCUCAGUCUGUCAACCAGCCUCUUUCUCAGACGUUCUCCGCUUGUUCUUCAGCCACAGUGAAGGUUAGAUCCUUGCCUCAUCAUCUCCCUUUUGCUCUUGUCUGGUAAACCAGAGAGAUUUUUAAACCAUUAAUAAUGCCCAUCACCUUGGCCUCAUUCAUCGUGAUGCUUUCUUCAUUAGGUGAGUGGAUUUCUCUCCUUUUCUCUUCUGCAAUAAAUGGUCUCCCAUUUGUGUGAUUUUAAAUAUGUGCUGCCCUAUAUGAUAUCAGGGGAUGACUGCAAACCCAGCAGUUCCGUGUAUGCUGUGUUGACUUUCUCCUGUCUGUUUGGCCUCCCAGGGAUCCUUUGGUGCCAAGGUGAGAUCAUCCAAGAUCCUCUUGUGGAAGGGUCAGAAGGACAAAAACUGAAUCUCCGUUGCAAACACCCUCAGAAUUCAAAUAACAUCUUUUGGUACCGUCAGCGCCCUAAUGAGGCUCCUCAUUCCAUAGUAUCUGGAUACCAAGGUAUUGUGUCAAGUGAAAUUCUAGAUGGAACCAUGAUUAUCGCCAGCGACCGAAAGGCCAAUGAAUUCUCCUUCAACAGAGUUACUCUCGAAGAUUCUGGCGUGUACUACUGUGCUCUGAUUGACACAGUACUACAUCCUACUGCCUCUCUUGUACAAAAAACCCAGCAGCCUUUCUUCCUGCCCUUGACAAAAAAAGGUACACAGAACAGCAGUAAGCAGGGACUCACUUUUGGUAAUAAGUACUUGUACAACUGUACUGCUAGCAGUUCGAAAGGACACCAGUGCAAGUAGACAAAUAGGUACUGCUGCGGUGGAAAGGUAAAUGGCGUUUCUGUGCGCUCUGGCUUCCAUCACAGUGUCCCGUUGUGCCAGAAGCGUUUUAGUCCUGCUGGCCAAAUGACCUGGAAAGCUGUCUGUGGACAAACACCAGCUCCCUUGGCCUGAAAGUGAGAUGAGUGCUGCAAACCCAUAGUCACCUAUGACUGGACUUAACUGUCCAGGGGUCCUUUACCUUUUACCUUUUUUUCUGUUUAAGCAUCCAUUGUUUCUUUUUCAAGAGAUGAGGAUUGGGCGAGGUGUCACACACAUGACCUGCUAGGCACCCCACGAGGUUUAGGUUCCUCCAGCUUGGAAAAUAAAUAAAAAGUUAAAGAGAAAAAGAAACAAGAUUCUACCAGGUCUAAAUGUGGCAUUCUGGCAUAAGAAUAUGUGGAAGAUUGCCAUGGCAGAAAGGUAUACAGUGGUACCUCGGGUAACAGACACUUCAGGUUACAGACUCCACUAACCCAGAAAUAGUACCUUGGGUUAAGAACUUUACCUCAGGAUGAGAACAGAAAUUGUGCGGCGGGAGCGGGAUGCCCCAUUAGCUAAAGUGGUCUCAGGUUAAGAACAGUUUCAGGUUAAGAACGGACUUCCAGAACAAAUUAAGUUUUUAACCCGAGGUACCACUGUACACACAUAAUGACAGAAAGGUAUACAGAAAUGAAUAUAUUAAUAGAUCUUUGACAAUAAAUGCUAAUGAGGAUUUUGUUUUUUUAAAUUGCAGAUUGGUGUGGAACCGAACAUAAAAUUGGGGGAAUGAGAAUGAGAGAAAACAAACUGGGGAGAUUUACCUAUCUGAGAGCUUAUUUAUCUAUCCUAUAUGCUUUCCAGGUUAGGCUCCGUUUGUGGGCCCUCUUUUUGUGCCCAUCUGAUGCUUUCCCUGUGAAAGCCGCUCUUUAAAGCUGAAUCGGAGCAAAACAGUGUUCCGUGGAAAACCCAAAAUGCCACUGGUUGCUCUUCAGAGAAGGUUUUCAUGCGAAAAGCUUCAUGAAAAAGAAAAAUAGCACUCAGACAAUGAAAUUUAAAAUGCAUACAGUGGUACCUCGGGUUAAAGGUAAAGGUAAAGGUACCCCUGCCCAUACAGGCCAGUCGUGUCCGACUCUGGGGUUGCACGCCCAUCUCGCUUAAGAGGCCGGGAGCCAGCACUGUCCGGAGACACUUCCGGGUCACGUGGCCAGUGUGACAAGCUGCAUCUGGCGAACCAGCGCCGCACAUGGAAAUGCCAUUUACCUUCCUGCUAUAAACCGGUACCUAUUUAUCUACUUGCACUUAGGGGUGCUUUGGAACUGCUAGGUGGGCAGGAGCUGGGACCGAACGAUGGGAGCUCAUCCCGCCGCGGGGAUUCAAACCGCCGACCUUGUGAUCAGCAAGUCCUAGGCACUGAGGUUUUACCCACAGCGCCACCCGCGUCCCUACUUCGGGUUACAACCCCGCUAACCCAGAGGUAGUUGCUCUGGGUUGCAAACUUUGCUCCAGGAUAAGAACGGAAAUUGCGCGCAAGCGGCGCAGCGGCAGCAGGAGCCCCCAUUAGUGAAAGCGCACCUCAGGUUAAGAAUGGUUUCGGGUUAAGAACGGACCUCUGGAACGAAUUAAGUUUGUAAGCCGAGGUACCACUGUACCUGUGCCUGGAAAGCACAGGGCAAAAGCCAAGUGUGUAAAAACCCUCGCAGUACCAGCCCUUGGCCACAAGGGAGCAGAGUUUUACUCAUAUUGAUCAGUCACUCAGCUCUCAGUCUGUCAACCAGCCUCCUUCUCAGACGUUCUCUGUUUGUUCUUCAGCCACAGUGAAGAUUAGAUCCUUGCCUCAUCAUCUCCCUUUUGCUCUCAGUUGGUAAACCAGAGAGAUUUUUAAACCAUCAAUAAUGCCCAUCACCUUGGCCUCAUUCAUCGUGAUGCUUUCUUCAUUAGGUGAGUGGAUUACUCUCCUUCUCUCUUGGUCUCCCAUUUCUGUGAUUUUAAAUAUGUUCUGCCCGAUAUGUUGUCAGAGGAUGACUGCAAACCCAGCAGUUCCAUGUAUGCUGUGUUGACUUUCUCCUUUCUGUUUGGCCUCCCAGGGAUCCUUCGGUGCCAAGGCGAGAUCACCCAAGAUCCUCUCGUGGAAGGGUCAGAAGGACAAAAAGUGAAGCUCCCUUGCAAGCACCCUCAGAUUUCAAAUGAUUACAUCUUUUGGUACCGGCAGCGCCCUAAUGAGGCUCCUCAUUCCAUAGUAUCUGGAUACAAAGAUACUGUGUCAAGUAAAAUUCUAGAUGGAGCCAUGAUAAUCACCAGCGAUCGAAAGGCCAAUGAAUUCUCCUUCAACAGAGUUACUCUCGAAGAUUCUGGCGUGUACUACUGUGCUCUGAGUGACACAGUGCUACAUCCUACUGCCUCUCUUGUACAAAAAAAACAGUAG